UGGAAGGUAUAUGCAUUUAUUAUCACAUUGAUCCUUGAAAUAGUAGAACGGUUUUAAAAAUUAAAGGUGGUGGUCUAUUUUUUUUUAAAUACCUUUUUAAAGAAAGGAAGUAUACCCAGUCAACUGGUGCGUGUGGCGCAAGUCAUUGUAAUAUAAGUACAAGAAUCAAGAAGGAUGAAAACAACUAAUAAGUCGAUGAUACCGAGGGUUUUCUCAAAUAAAAUCGYGGAACUGCAGUAGAAAGGAGUGACAGACCACAACUCCWACCUCAAGAAGACGAAAAAGAAAAGAAAUUUAGACAUUUUCUUGAGAUGUUUUACUUUCAAGUUCGAUUUUAAUUAAUGUGAACAUCUCGACGAGAAUGAUACUCUAAAACCUCCAGCCUCGUUUAUGACAUCUUCAAGAUCCAAAAAGGGAAAACAGGAAAAAAAUGGACAUUCAUAAGUGAAAGAAAGAGUAGGUGUUAUAGAAUCUUAAAACAAGAGAUCUCUAUAGUUACCAUAGUGUAACAAAAAGCAGUAUCAACACAGAGUGAAUUGGAGAUAUCACAUUUAAAAGCGACCGAACAUAAAAAUUAUAUAUUGUGAGGCCAACAAAAUAUAGCCAGGUGGAGAGAGGACUGGAAAGAGCAGCAACGGUACCGAAGAAGGAGUAAUAAUAAUUUAUCUAGAAUAACAAAAGCAGGACUUUAUCAGUAAGGUAUUUAAGGCAAUAUUCAUCUAUUUUUACGUAGAAGAACACGGCCUUAGUAAAAAAUUAAAAGGACAGCACCAACGUCUAAACAACAUUAUCAACAAAUAUCGACUAUUUCUUUAGCAUAUGUUAAAAAUAAGCWACAGCUGYAAAGUAGUCUUCAGAUUUAACCAAAAUAUCCACAAAAAUCGAUGAUUUUCUACACGUAAAAACYAACUGARCAACAAGGUCUGYAUUUGCUCUGAUCACCAAGGACGAGAACAUCAGCMAAAUUAUCAUAGCAGAGCUAGCAACAGCUGUGWGUCCGUUAGCAACAGCAGCAACAUCUUCAACGACAACAUCAACAAGAUAAGAAACAUUAAUUUGAAACUAAUUUUAUACAAGGUAGAAGGCUAUUUGAAGUCUGAACAGAGAGACAGUAGCUAUACAAACUUCAAUACAUGAAUUAUAAACCUUUGUUUUCAGUUCCUAGUCAAUAAUGUUAUCACUUGAACAGGUGCAUACCAGGCAACUACACAAGCAAAUUUGAAAUCACCAGUUGAUAAUCACUUUUUAGUCCGCGGGAAAUCGCAUAAAAACGACUUGAAGGCACCGACUCUAUAUUGCACACUUAUUAACUAGAAAAAUAUAUCAAGGUGACAAAACUUCAAUUACAUCUCGAGCCGUCCUGUAUCGGUACCACUAUAAGACGAUAGCUGAACGAGGCUGAUCAAAAGCAAACAGCUUAAUCGGAUUGGAAAGUGCAACCUGAACUCUUCUGCAUUGCAAUAAAGGAGUCGAUAGUUGAAAGAAAUGCUGAUAAAAACAAACAAAGACAUCGUGGAAUAGAAGAGGUUGGUAACUGCAAAUUGAGAGUAAAAGGCAAUUCACAUGAGAAGACAGAUGCAUGAUUCAAAUACAGAUAACUGAAAAUAUCUGCUAAACAGAAAAGGAUAUUAGGAAACUGGAGUGAAGACUUAGCCACAAGGGUCCUUGCUAUAGUUUCGCUUUACAAAAUUAGGAUCGAAAGUAAAAAAUAGAAUGAAAAAAUUGACCACCUGAUUUACUUUUGACACUACGUCAAGUACAAGCUGUUUACCUUUCAGAAGAUCUGUUUAACAUACGAAAAGGCGCUCACCAAACGGAAACGACCUCAGUUAUAACAAACAUCUCAUAGAAUAACAAGUCCAUUUACGACGGGAUAAUCUACGCAUAUUAGCCAGGACUAAUAGAAUUCUAAAGUCUUUAUUCAUACUACUUAAAGAAUGAAGCUUAAUGUCACCGACAGACCUACAAUACCUACUACAGAGUAUGGCCUUUGGUACACAAUCAUGGAAGCUAUCAUCGGUGUUUUAGCUGUAUUUGGCAAUGGGUUCGUCGUAUUUCUUAUAACUACAAGACGUAGCCUACAGAUCAACCCCAACUACUUUAUUCUAUCGUUGGCUAUAGCGGAUUUAUUACUCGGGCUAACCCUUCCGACUUUCUCAAUUUUGUGUUCAAAUGUGAUUGACUGCGAUUGGAUAGCAUUCUAUAAGUUUUGGAACUUCUUCACCGAAGCCUCAGUUGCAAAUCUGUGCCUAAUGACUUGCGAUAGAUAUUUAGCUAUUAACUAUCCGUUGUGGUACAUCACAAACAUGACAAGGACGUAUUUAACUGUCUCCAUUGCGAUUGCAUGGAUUUUUCCCGCCAUUUUUGCGAUGUUGCCYUUCWUCUGGCAAUAUGACAARAAUACUGYACAUGUGAAGAGAAGUGACGAUGUGUAUUAUCUAACAUCUUUGAUUAUUUUCGAAGUCAUACCAGUAAUAACUAUGCCUAUAAUAUACAUGAGGAUUUUUACCGUUGUGCGACGACACUCAAGACAAGUUUCAAAACAACGAGAACAAGUUAGUUAUAACAAAAAUGCCAGAAUUGAAGGAUUGGAAAAUGGGAAUGAAACRAAAGGAAGGGAAAAUGCAUUUGAAAGGAAGAUUCCCUACGGUUCAAUUCCCACAAAUAUGAACCGAAAUGAAAACUCGAAUGGAAAAUUGAAAAUAAAGACUACUGUAUUUGAGGAAAAAACUUCAAAUUACAACGAAAAGAAGGAGCAAAAGAGACAACCGAGUCUUCUAGAGAGAGAAGGAAGCUCAUCAACRUUAGUCCUAGGACUUGUUAUCCUACUUUUUGCGCUAUGCUGGUCGUACGAUAUUUACAUAACACUUUGCACAAGAGUUCAUGUAUUUAUAUGCUCAGUAAAGAGCCAUAACGAGGAAGCAAUCGUUAACCUGCUUAUCUAUCUAAACAGUACAGUUAACCCAUUUGUGUAUUUCUUAUUCAAGAAGGAUGUUAGGAGAGAGUUAAAAUCCUGUUUGAGACAGAGGAAUUAAAGGACUGUAAACAACAUGGCGGCUUCAGUGCGCGCGGUCGUGUUUAAGAUAUUUCACAUGUGGAAAACCAGGUCAAUUCGAAAUCUGCUUCAAGAUUACUUAAAGAUAUUACUUAAAGAUCGACCCUUACCAUAUCUCCAUUCAUAGAGCAUAAGGGGAUAAUUUUAGUUUUUUUGCUAAUAUUACGAUGCAUAAUUGUUAUUUUCAAACAUAAACAAAGGCUCGUAUGGGAUGCCGGUUGCCGAAAGCGAUUCUUUAAUUAUAUAAUAAUAUUAUUUCAGGCACGAAUGUUUGCUAUAUGCACUUUAUAUAGAGAUCAUAUACGAAAUAGCAACGCGAACAGGACCAUGUGCGCAUUUCUAGUAAUGAAAGAGUUAAAAAAAUGGUUAAUGAGCCGUCAAAGUUUUCAAUGUAUCAAUUACAAAUUACAAACACCUUGUCGAAGAGAAUUAGAACAUUUGUAUUUUAGUACAAAAGGAAUAUAUUAAAAAGUCAAUGAAGAGCGUUAUGUCUGAGAGAUCUUUCGUAAACAAGAAAACGCCCUGUUUUUUGACGUCCCUAUCAUUUCAAUUUUGUGCACCCCUGAGUACCCCAAGUGCAGAAUUACUAGGGCACGCUUUCCAGCCUUAACUCACCAUUUUUUAAAUUGCUUAUUGAAAUUAUUUUAAAUUGCAAUUAUAAGCUGAUAAAGAUAUACCAACCGCACGGAAGAACACUUCGCACGUUAUCAUUACAGAGUCUAUUAUAGAGCAGUUGAGUUACCGGUGUUUGAUCAAAGAUGGAGGAGUGUGGCGAUAUGUCAAUAUUGAACCCGGAAAAUAAUUUACUAAAAUCUAAAAUAGUGUCAUUGUUGACUAACUAGACCAACUAAAGGCGAUGGAAGAUUAAUAAAGUUGAUAAGAUCACUACCAUGUACAUAUUGACAUAC